AUGUCUCGUCAUCAUCAUCAUCACCAAUGCCUUGAUUUGUAUUGUUGUUUACCUAACGAAUUUCUUAUGUCAUAUCCUCAACCACAAGCAUCAUUGUAUUAUCAACAGAAAAAGAAAACAAUAGAUCGAAAUAGAAAUGCUCUAGAAUCAAUAUCUUUAUCGCAACGAUCAAAAUGUAAACCAAAGAAUUUACUUCAUCCUUACAGAACAUCAAAAGAUCGUUAUGAAAAUACCGCUAAUAUUUCUCAAGAACGAAAGAUAAAUAAGAUAAUGUCUAUAGAAUCUGUAGAUCAUGAAGUUGAAUAUUAUAUGGUGAAAAAACCAACAACGAUAACAAAACUUGAUUAUUCAUCACAAAUGGCUGAUGGUGAUAAAAAAAAUGAGAUUAUUCUAGACAACUCUUUUGAUGAAUUUCAACAGCAAAGAUUUACAAAUGAUCAAGAACAUAUUAUAGAUAUGAUGCAUAAAGAUAUUAUACGACCAAUACCAUGUAAACCAACUGUCAAUGACCGAUUGAAAACAUCACCAAAUUUGAAGUUAUUCAAAAAUUCAAUAUCACAUUUAUCUUCUUCUCAAUUUUGCCAAUCAACAUUACCAUUAAAUCGUACUUCUACAUGGCGUAAACUCCAAGCGAAUAUCACUCCAUCUCAUUAUUAUCGUAUUCAAGAAUUUCAGCAAGAUCGUCAACAACAAUAUUAUUCCUCCUCAACUAUUCAUCCUGUCAUGUUACCACCUCUUCAUAAACGAUCAGAAAUUCAUAGUUCUGAAGAAUCAAAAGUUAUUUCAAAUAUCACCGAUACUUAUGUAUCAUAUACAUCAUUAUCUAUUGAUUUUUCAACUAAUUCAUCCAAUGCUAAUACUGAUUCUAGAAUUAUUGAAUCGAUUGAUGUAGAUCAAAAAAUUCUUGAUAAUGAUGACAAUUCGAAUACAACGAAUCCAAUUACUAAUUCACUUGAAACAGCACAUCAGCUUGAAAUAUAUUCUAUAGAAAACACAGCGAUUGAAAAUAACAAAAAUUUUUUAAAUCAAACAAUAGCAAAUUCUCCAUCAACAUUUUCUAAUAAUGAUCUCAAAGAUGAUUCUUCUACAAAUAUAUCAGUACAAAUCGCACCAAAUGCAACAUCAUUACAUGAAACUGAAAAUAUUGAAGAACAUCAAACUUUUAUUGAAAUAUUAUCUCCACCACAAGUUCCAUCUAUUUUUUUGAAUGAUAUUCUAUCGUCACUUUUUCCAACUAUAUCGACACAACUUACUUCAACAUCAUCGAAUAAUAAUCUUCUUGGCUUACAUUCUCAUCAUUACAUUCAUGAUGAUAUUAAUGAAAUACCAUAUAUAUUAUUCGAUAAUAUUGGAAAUAUGACUGAAAUUUUAAGUAUUGAUGAAAUACCACCAUUGUCAUUAUCAUUGUCAUCAUUUGUUGGAUCAAAUCAUGUUACAGAAAUUCAUCAACCAAAAAAAGUUCACUCACUAUUCGAAUCCAUAGAAGAACUAUGUGUUUUAAUCCGAACACUUCUUCAACAUGAAUUAACUGGACAAAAGAUAACAUCUCUACAAGCAACUAUUGCAAGUCAACUUGCAAUUUUAUUAACCUAUCUCGCAAUACCUAAUAAUGAUAAAAUCAUUUCUGAAUUGAUGCCAAAAACUACUAUCGAAAGAAUGAUAUCGACCGAUGAAAAUGAUUUUUCUCUUCAACUUUCAACUGUUGAAACACAAACUGAUAUUGAAUGGACUAUUCAAUUAAAUGAUCAAAAAGUGUUUGAAUCUUCUAAUCAUUUACAUUUUCAUACUGAACCAAUUCAUAAUGUAGUUGAAUUUUCAAUACAUGAAGCGUCAUCGUUUGACAUUAAACAAGAAGACAUUAUUAAUACAUCACUAUCAUCUCAAAAAGUAAUAAGUCACACAGAUUUAAUAUCACAAAGUAUUAGUUUUCACUUAUCUGGUCGUCGACCAAAUCAUGCUUUUUCAGAUACAUUUAUUUAUCAUAUUUAUCAUCGUCAACAGCAUUCAUUUUCUUGUCAUCGAUUAAUUUCAUUUUCUGAAACUACUAUUACUUCAUUCAUGCAUCGUUUCGAUCAUCAUUGGAUAACAAAAGAAGAAACUAAACACUUAUUUAAACGUAUUGGACAAAAACUUCAACAUUAUAUUGAAUUAGAUUCUUCAAAUACAUGUUUAGAAGCCAGUACAGAAUUUACACCAGAUUUUCUUUUAACAACUAUCAAUAAUUCGAAAUAUGAUGAUAGUGAUGAUCAAACAGAACAAUUUGGUAUUGAUACUGAAAAACAAGAUUAUCAAACUGAUACAAUAUCUAUAAUUACCAAUGAACAGCAAGAAAAACUCGAUACACUUACAUUUAAUUCAACUGAGAAAGAUAAUUAUGAUAGUCUAGAUCUUGAUAUUGAACCAGGUCGAGAAAAAAUUGUUAAAUUUCUUAUUUUUAAAAAACAUAUUUUAGAUAAUGAAGACCAUCUACUAUUCAGUUCAAUUGGUAUUCAUCAAUCAAAACAAUGUUUAAAUAACGAACCAAAUAUUGAAGAAGAUAGUAUACCAAAAAGUUCAGUAAUUAACAUCAAUUAA